CUGACAUUGUUAGUUCAAGAACUGAAGCUGUGGAAUAUCUUUCUCAUUUGGGAUAAUGAUUAGAAGACAAGUCGAGCUGAUGUGUUCAGUUGAGUUAAAGCGGCAGCAUUUAGUUAAGUUUGUGGUAAAUAAAGUGGAACUGUGUAGUUUCUUUUAGUUUGUGUUUUAGUCCUUGAAGUUGUAAAUUGGGUCAAUAGAGACAUGUAGGUUAUUACUUGUGAUAUGGAUUUAGGAAAACACGACAGAUUACUUGUGAGGUAGCUUUCAGAUAAGGGCGAAUGAAUUAGGGAAGGGAAUUAAACAGGUGAUUCACUACAAAGCUCCCUUCGGGAUGAUAAUAGCUUUUAGAUAAGGGCGAAUGAAUUAGGGAAGGGAAUUAAACAGGUGAUUCGCUACAAAGUUCUCUUAGGGAGCUUUGUAGUGAAUCGCCUGUUUUGAUCAAAGCUCCCUUCUGGUUUUGAUCCCUUAGUGAGUUCACUAAAAGACUGCAAAGGUUGUGGCUGGGAUGAUCAAACUCUCAAAGUCUAAAAUGACUAUGGAAUGGGUGGAAGAGGUCUCUAUCAAGGAGGAGGUAGAAGCUGGAAUAAGGAGUAUGUUGAGUGCUUCAAGUACCAUAAGUUGGGGCACUUUAAAUAUGAAUGCUCUUAGUGGUACAGUAAUCAAGAGGCUCACUAUACAAGUUUCCAGUCAUGUUCAGGAUAAGACCUAUGCAGACAUGAAUGAAGACAUGUUGUUAAUUGUAGGUGUUGAGUCUAAAGACUCGAUUGAGUGGGAAGAUGAAACACAAGGUCUAAUGGCUCUUUCUGAAGCUAUUAUGGAAGAUACAAGUGGUGACUGGUGGUUUUUAUAUUCUGGCUGUAGCAACUACAUGAGUGGUGUAAGAGGAAGUGGUUACCAACAUUGACCCAAGCUUUGCCUGCAAUGUAAGGUGACAUAUGUAAUCUUUCUACAUAAGAAGGGCGUGUGAGAUUCAAAAGAUCUGGAGAUUGUAUCAUGUACACUUCCUAAAUUAGGAUGUCGUGGACGAAGGCAUUGCUGAGGUUGAGGAGAUGAUCCAUCCACGCGAGGUAAUAAUAGCAAUUUGAGAGUAUUAGAUGAUCCAUCGGAUACUAUCAGUAUAAUAAUAUCAUGAUAUGACAGUGGUAUCAUAGUGGUGAGUCUUACCAUUAUGAUCAUAGUAUGUCAAUAAUGAGAUAUUAUGAAGUCUUAUAUUUGAGAGGGGAAAUUAUGUUAUCAUAACAUUGCCAUAUCAUGCUCUUACCAUUUUAUUAGAGUGAUACUAUUGUAUGAUGAUGAUAUGGUAGUAAAAAGAUUACAAUAAACACAUGUUUUGAAA